AUGGCGGCGCCGGAUGCAGACGAGACCCCGGCCUCCCCGGGGUACGCCCUCCGCGCGACCCUCGCCGGCCACCGCCGCGCCGUCUCCGCCGUCAAGUUCUCCCCCGACGGCCGCCUCCUCGCCUCCGCCUCCGCCGACAAGCUCCUCCGCGUCUGGUCCUCGGCGGACCUCUCCCUCGUCGCCGAGCUCGAGGGCCACGAGGAGGGCGUCUCCGAUCUCUCCUUCUCCCCCGACGGCCGCCUCCUCGCCUCCGCCUCCGACGACCGCACCGUCCGCAUCUGGGACCUGGGCGCCGGCGGCGGCGCCCGCCUCGUCAAGACCCUGGCCGGCCACACCAACUACGCCUUCUGCGUCGCCUUCAGCCCCCACGGCAACGUGCUCGCGUCGGGGUCCUUCGACGAGACGGUGCGCGUCUGGGAGGUCAGGUCUGGCCGGAGCCUCCGCGUGCUGCCCGCCCACUCCGAGCCCGUCACCGCCGUCGAUUUCGACCGGGACGGGGCCAUGAUCGUGUCGGGAAGCUACGACGGGCUCUGCCGCAUCUGGGACGCAGCCACCGGGCACUGCGUCAAGACCCUCAUCGAUGACGAGAGUCCGCCCGUGUCCUACUCCAAGUUCUCCCCCAAUGGCAAGUUCGUGCUUGCAUCCACCCUUGAUAGCACCCUGAGGCUCUGGAAUUUUUCAGCUGGGAAGUUUUUGAAGACGUAUACUGGCCAUGUGAACACAAAAUACUGCAUUCCGGCAGCAUUUUCUAUUACCAACGGCAAGUACAUUGUGAGUGGCUCGGAAGACAAGUGUGUCUACAUGUGGGAUCUUCAGUCAAGGAAGAUCGUGCAGAAACUGGAAGGGCAUAGCGACACAGUCAUUGCUGUGUCAUGCCACCCUAAGGAGAACAUGAUUGCAUCAGGAGCUCUUGACAACGACAAGACGGUGAAAGUCUGGGUUCAAAAGGACGGAGAUCAACGAGAGGCAGAGCCGUUAAUGGGAUGGUUGUAUGGAAGGCUGGACAGAGGCAAUGCUUAA